AAUUUUGAAUUUGAUGUCCGCUAUAUUAACACUCAAAAAAUGAGGUAUAAAUAUAACCUAUAAAGUGAAGGUAGCAGCGAUUGAUGUUUUGUCAAUAUUAUUAUCAGGAUUCUGAGUAAACUGCGUCAGAGUAAAAUUAAAGAGUCAGAGUCAAGUGACCGCCAUUGGAAGUCAAAAAAAUAUUUCGGUGAUUCAUUUAGUGAUUAGAGACGUAGAAAUCAUCAGAUUGCACCAUUCAGUAGCACCAGUGACACUUGAUAACUUGGAUAAGAGUUUUUUUUAAAGAAAGUGAUCAAAAUGGGUCUAGCUUGUUCAACAGCUCAGCUCGCCUGUCUGUGCGGUAGCACAGCCUGUAGUUUUUGUUGUUCGCAAUGUCCUUCAUGCAGAAACAGUACAAGUGCACGGAUAAUGUACGCUCUGCUAUUGAUGUUGGGGACAAUAACAGCUUGCAUCACUCUAGCUCCAGGUCUGCAAAAUGCUAUGAAAAAGGUUCCAUUUUGCGCUAAUAGUUCAAAUUACGUCCCCUCUUCUUUUACAAUCGACUGCGAAUCAGCUGUUGGAUAUUUAGCAGUAUAUCGUAUAUGUUUCAUUCUCUCGCUUUUCUUCUUCCUCAUGUCAGUGAUGAUGAUAGGGGUCAAAAGUUCCAAGGAUCAUCGAGCUCCUAUACAAAAUGGAUUUUGGGCGAUUAAAUUCCUGCUCGUGAUCGGUGGAAUAAUAGGAGCAUUCUUCAUUCCUGAAGGUUCAUUCGGACCAGUAUGGAUGUACUUCGGAAUGAUAGGAGGAUUUUUCUUCAUACUUAUACAGCUGAUACUGAUAAUAGACUUCGCUCACUCCUGGGCUGAAGCCUGGGUCGGAAAUUACGAAGAAUCAGAAUCCAAGUGCUGGUACGCUGCGCUCUUGGGUUCGACUUUCAUCAACUACUGCCUCGCAAUCGGCGGAGUUGCUUUGCUUUACAUCUACUUCACUUUGCCAUCAGAUUGUUCACUGAAUAAAUUUUUCAUUUCAUUCAAUUUAAUACUCUGCGUUAUUGUCAGCGCGGUAUCUAUUUUACCAAGUGUCCAAGAACAUCAGCCACGCAGUGGACUUUUACAAGCUUCCGUAGUGUCUCUGUACGUUGUCUACUUGACUUGGAGCGGUGUCUCAAACAGCCCAUACCACGAGUGUAAUCCCGGACUACUGGGAAUAAUUGCCAGCAACGACAUCCGUAAACAAAACCAAGCAGCUUUCGACAAAGAGAGUGUCAUUGGUCUGAUCAUCUGGUUCUCCUGCGUACUCUACAGUUCUCUCCGCACUGCAUCUAAGUCUUCGAAGAUAACAAUGAGCGACAAAGUCCUCGUCAACGAAAAUGGCGCUGUUCGCAAUGCAGGAGAUUCUUCUCUUAUCGACAACGAAGUAGAGGGUCGUAAUCCCGACGCCGAGGCUGGAGGCAACACCAAGGUCUGGGAUAAUGAAGAAGACUCGGUCGCCUACAGCUGGAGUUUCUUCCACUUGAUGUUUGCUUUAGCAACUCUGUAUGUUAUGAUGACACUCACUAAUUGGUACAAGCCGAAUUCAACUCUUGCAACAUUGAACUCCAACCCUGCUUCCAUGUGGGUAAAAAUAAUUUCAUCAUGGAUGUGUCUGGGCCUAUACUUAUGGUCAUUACUCGCACCCGCAGUUCUUCGCGACCGCGAUUUUUCAUAAAUUUUAAAAUAAACCGCCGCAAGAUCAAAUAUUUAUUAUUUGAAUCGUUAACAGCUAAACUUUUUUUCAAGUAAUUAUUUAAUACAUACUGUUACCUUGUACACUACGUAUGUUUAUCCAUGUUUACAAUUAUUAUAAUUAAGUAUUUAAGUUACUUAGCAAAGUAUUUUUUUUUAUUUCUUAUAAUUGUAAUUUUCAAAGACUCAUUUGAAAUUUAAAAUACGAAAGUAAGCUUGUAAAUAAUAAAAUGUAUCCAGCUAUGAAGUUAUACAUUAAACUCAAUGUCUCAACGUGAUAAUUGCGCGCAAUAAUUGAUAAUUUGUAAUCACCGAGUACUAUUGUUAUUAAAUAUAGUAUAG